UUAACAAGGUGGUUUUAAAUGUUAUUUCUGCCCUCAGCUGUCUUUAUGCUGAGUGACCUUUGUUGGGUGUGUGCUGCUUCCUGGUUGAGCUAAAGGCGGGGCCAAGCUUUGAGGACCCUGACAUCAGGAAGUGGGCUCAUCAGAAUGAACGUUGUGCUCGGCUGCUGUGGGGCUGUUUAGAUUCAACUAGUUGAUCUUGGGUUGUGUGGUUAAAUGGUUUGAUCAAACCUCUGGAUCACUGACUUUCAUUUGGAAAGAUUUGUAGUUUGUCAUGGUACCAAGUCUUUGGACCCACAUGCAGAACACACUGAGGAGACAAUUCAGGCAGGUUUAGGAAAGUUUAAGUAUCUACAGCGGAGAUUCCUCUGGACAUCUGGGAGACGAGGUUACUUUCAGUCUCAAGGAUCAGUGAGAACAGUGGGGAUGGAGGCUGACUGCAAGUCUCUCCAUCUCCACCAGGUGCUGAUCCAACAAAGUAUGAAGAUUUCACAUUACAGUGUUCUCUGGAGAGAUUCAGAGGGUUGGGUCCUUGUCCAGAGAAGAGCCUCCUCUGGGUGGAUGAGACAGGAAGUGAGCUGCUUGGUGAAGGUGUUGGGUUCAAGUCUGGAGGACAGACUGGCUGUGAUUCUUAUCUCACUGUGAAGCUUCAGAUCAGCAGCAACAGAAGAUACACCUGCCAGUUUGUUGAGGGAGACACAGUGAAGGUAGAAGCUCACUACACACCUGUGUUUAAAGUUAUCAGGGGAGAAGGAGUCCAUAUCUACCACAGAGCUGGAGAUGAUGCUGUUCUGUCCUGUAAAAGACCUUCAUCAUCUCUCUCAUGCUCCGCUGUUGACUGGUUUUAUACGAGAGCUGAAAACAUGGAGCGUCAACAUGAAGUUCAUGGAGGAAAAGUUCAGAGUUCAGCUCGAGCUGCCAGGCUGAGGUUGGACAAUAAAUGCUCUCUGAUCAUCAACACCAUCACUGCUGAGGAUGCUGGACGUUACACCUGUCAGCUUUGGGAUGGAGGACGCUUUGACACAGAUGUGUAUUUAAACAUGAUGAGCAUCUCUCCAUCUCCACCAGGUGCUGAUCCAACAAAGGAUGGAGAUUUCACAUUACAGUGUUCUCUGGAGAGAUACAGAGAUUUUGGUCCUUGUCCAGAGAAGAGCCUCCUCUGGGUGGAUGAGACAGGAAGUGAGCUGCUUGGUGAAGGUGUUGGGUUCAAGUCUGGAGGACAGACUGGCUGUGAUUCUAAUCUCACUGUGAAGCUUCAGAGCAGCAGCAACAGAAGAUACACCUGCCAGUUUGUUGAGGGAGACAUCAGGAAGGUAGAAGCUCACUACACACCUGUGUUUAAAGUUAUCAGGGGAGAAGGAGUCCAUAUCUACCACAGAGCUGGAGAUGAUGCUGUUCUGUCCUGUAAAAGACCUUCAUCAUCUCUCUCAUGCUCCGCUGUUGACUGGUUUUAUACGAGAGCUGAAAACAUGAAGCGUCAACAUGAAGUUCAUGGAGGAAAAGUUCAGAGUUCAGCUCGAGCUGCCAGGCUGAGGUUGGACAAUAACUGCUCUCUGAUCAUCAACAACAUCACUGCUGAGGAUGCUGGACGUUACACCUGUCAGCUUUGGGAUGGAGGACGCUUUGACACAGAUGUGUAUUUAAACACGAUGAGCAGAGUUCCUGCCAACAGGACCAUCAUCUUCUUCAUCCUUGGAGCAGUGAUUGGGGUUCUGCUGCUUCUGGUGGUUUUUGCUGCUGUUUUCAUCAAACUCAGGAAAACCAGAGUUAAAGAGGAUCAAAGAACAACAACAGAAGAUCAAGACUCAACCCCUGAAAGUUUUCAUGAUGAGAAGGAGGAGACCAACCUGACAUAUGCCACUGUUGAUCACUUUAAUCCCAAAACUUCUAAGAAGAUAAAGGUCAAACAAGAUGAAGACAUUGUGACUUAUUCUGCUGUGAGGACUAAAAAUAAGACUGAGGCGAACAUCGACCCCAGCAGUCUCUACAGCAGCAUUGCUAGGACAAAAUGACCCAAAUAAGGAAAUGAAACAUCUCAUCACACUUCUGCCUUUGUUGAAACUUUUUACAAGAAGUGGACCAUUGGAUUUAAGUUUUAGUGAUACUAAACCAUUCGUUAUGUGUUGCAAGUCUGUUGUAUUUAAGUAAUUGUAAAGAUCUUAAAGCAGAAAUAUAAAGUUACUGAGUUGUAUAAUUUAGGUAUGUGCUGGAAAAUCUGCAGAGAGAAUAUAAGAUCAGACUGUAGGCUAAAGCCACAAGAAAUGUGAGACUGUUCUAGAGUCACUAAGAAACAGCCCCCUCACAGCAGGGUGCCAACACUGCUAUAAAGCCAUGCUCCCCUCUGUUAGCUGCACAAAAAAGGCCCCUCUCACCUCUUCUCCAUGGACCACUGCUAUCAGGAGAAACCUGAAUGUAGUUUGGUGACCCACAAGCAUGUGUACUGUCUGCUUUCUGUGAAUCAAGGCAGUGGUGAUCUUUCUAAGCUGUGCAGGAGAAAGCAGACCCGGGAGCUGAGCCACAACUCUGCUUUGGCAGAUAUCCCCACGCACCACAGGCUGAGCGCAGCCCACCGGAGACUUGUGUAAAGCUCGCCCAGGCCUGGUUUCCACAUGAGGGCUUUCACCCUGAGUUAGUUGCUUCCUCGUCGCCGUCUCCAACUGCUUCAAUCGGAUGCACAAAAGUCAGGGAAAGUUAGGAUGAGCUUAAUCAUUUAAAAUUUUCUUUCCACUGUUCUUGACUGAGGUUAAGAACUAGAGGUAACAGGCUAAGCUGCCCGUUAGCAUUAUUAAAACAAAGCUAUACUGUAUAUAAUGUAAUUUGAGUUUGUUUUAAGGUUUUGACAAACUUUAUUUCCAUAAAAGGUUUUGUACACUGAUGGAA